AUGGGGUCUUCAGAAAAGAGGAUUGAAUACAUGGUCGGUGCGAGCACUUGCAUUCGCCCCUCCCAUGAGAUUUGGUGCAGCCAAGUUCAAAGGCCGUUGGUGGGGAUUGAAUCACUACGCCUUCAAGGGUCAUUCCCGGAGGACUAUCCUUACCCAGAGGAAGUUCGGGGGCUGCCUGAGAAUCUAUCCCGGGAUCUUGCUGGCAACGCCUUUCCCACUACUGUGCUCCAGGCCAACGUCAUUGCUUCGAUGAUCUCACAUGCUGCCUGGGGCGAGAUGGCUUCACGUGCUGACUUCUCUUCUCCACCGCGACAAUCCAAACAGAGGAGACAGCGGAAUGUCCACCGCCCGCCUCCAGCGCCAGAUUCUGCCGAUGUGAAGGAGGAGCCCAAAAAGAACAACAAGCGGCCUUCAGGUGAUGGGAUGAACCAUGAAUGUGGCCCUGUCGCCAAACUGAGCAAAAAGUCUGGCACCAAGGGCGACUGCAUCUCGAUCGCAAAGAAACUGAAACUUCUGGACGAGUUUCAUGAACUCAAGAAUAGCGGUGUCAAGAACGCCAACCAGGAGAUGUUGAACCGAAAACGCCCCGGAUACUUCAGCGGCUGUUGCUCCGACAGUAAGUGGGGGGGAUCCAGGAAGAAGUUCAAGUGGGAUCUUUUUCAAAAGAUGCUGCCAAACCAGGCGGCCAAGUUUGAUGAAGUUCCAAACUGGUUGAAACAUCGACUGGGAUUGGACGAGAUCAAAGCAAAAGGCCCCAAAAAGGAACUGAUCCCCAACGAGCUUCUUGCUAUUGCUGAUGGAAUUCUGAUGGAGGAGUGCACUCGGGGAUUGGAGAUGGACACCAAAAGUGUGGUCUCACUUUUCGAAACCCUAGUAGACAUCUACAACGAAGAGGCAGAGACUUACAACAAGGAAUCCCAGGGUAAACAUGUGGAGCGAUUGGCAGAGCUGAGCGAAAGCGGCAAGCUGACAGAAGACGAGCUGGAAGCCAUCGCCUCAAAACCUCCUGCCCUAGUGCCUGUUAUCUCCAAAGAAUGGACAGAGAAACGGAUGCAACACACUGUUGAACGCUUUUGUUUGUACGAGCCGAAACGCAAAGUGCUGUGGAAGAACGGGAAGGAAGGGAUCCAGUCUGAACUGAAGCGUUUUGGUGGCCGGAAGAAGAUUGCGAAUGCACUAUCUGAUCUCUUUGGGAACGACCGUGAGUUUGCUGAGAAAUCGGCUUCCUGGGAAAAGAACUUGGCUGACAUAUGUCAGCUGAGAGAUUGCGAAGUGGAUGAAAUCAACUCUUUGUAUGAAGGGACCCUGCAUGUGGAACACUCAUGCAAGAAGACACACAUGUGGAAUGGCGAGGACAUGAGGGCCAGGUGGGCAAAGGAACACAAUGUGGUGCUGCUGGGGGCUGACAACGAGGGGCCCUGCGCAGUGCCAGGCGGCUAUGGCGCAACCAUGCAGCCCAAUGACAGAGCGUCUUACCUUCGAGCAGCAUGCGGAGUACCUCCAAACCCACUAGUGGCAAACCUGGCUGACAAGGAGUUGGGGCCACAUGACAUCCCAGUUAUCUCCUGCCCUCUGCGAGUGUCUUUGGCAGCAGAUGCGUUUGCUGUGAAAAAGCUCCGGGAAUACAGAUCUGGUGCCAUCAUUCAAUGGGCUUGGUGCUCUACGGGGCAUGUGAAGGAGCAGGAGUUGGCUGACUGGUGCUACAAUGGCAAGAAAGAGGAUCUGGACAAGAGCAUGGAGUUGUGCCGGGGUGGCUUCAGAGACAUGCUGUUUAUGAGCCAAGUGCCCGAAGUGGACCAUUCGGUCUUGGUCAGUCAGUGGCUUGCAACGCGAGAAGCAUGGGAUCGCAGAAUCGCAGCAAGGGCAUUGGAGGGGAAGGUUUUGGCCCCCAAAAUGAAGCAGCGUUAUGAUUCCUUCCUGGCUGACCCAGAACGCACUUUGGUUGUGGACGUGGACAAUCAUAGAGUCCUUGCAUCUUCAAGGAUUUCUUCCAAGACUACGGGGAAACGGUAUGUCAUUCUGACAAUCUGCAUGGCCCUUGAAGCAGAACAAUUGACCCUACGCUUUGGGAAGGGUCCCAAGCACAAGCUUGUGGUGAGGGAGUUGCUUGGGUUUGAGACAUUCUUGCUUAUUUAUAUAUAUAUAUAUGUUAUACUACUGUAUAUAAUAUAUGUUUUGGGAUUAUUUAGUACCUUGAAAGGAUCCAUUUCCCUUUCAAAAUACAUAAUUCGGUAG